CUCCCAAAUUUCCGCACCAACAGCGGUUGAACAUUAUGAGAAUCCUUUCGGGUGGGGGACAUCGACAUCGACAUCCAAUGCAAUCCGAUCUUUUCUGAGCGACGGCCCCUAAAGUGUUCUCUGAGAGUAACUAAACGACGAGUGUUCUCCUCUUGGAAACGGAAACUCACGAACGACUAAGCCAUGAAGCAUCCCGACGACUCUGGCCCAACUGCAACUGGACCACAAUCGGCUCGACCUCGGGCUUCCCUCUCUGUUUCUGCCUCUACCUCCCAUAAUCCGCGACGGCUUCCUGUCAAUCCCCGCCGGCACAAGGUUGCUCCCGAGCAUCGCAAGCGUGUCGCUACAGCGUGCAAUGCUUGCAAUGUGAGAAGAGUCAGGUGCUCUGGUGAGCACCCGUGUCGCCAAUGCCAAUCCUCUUCGCGCGACUGCAUAUACCCUCUGCCUGUUGAGAAGGUGAGCAUCACGCGCUCAGAGCUCGAGGAUUUGAAACACAAGGUCGAGCUCUAUGAACGUGUUCUUCGAGACACUGUCCCAGCAGCUGUAUCAAACGCCGUCCCGGAUUCUGCAAGCCGCCAAGAACUUUCAGAUUUGCUUGGUUGGACCGCCUCUAACCAUGAAAUUGGAUCAUCGGCUGUUAGUCUAGCGGCACAGACAACGCCAACGAUAGAUGCAACAACGCAUAUCGGGCGAGUGCCUCCUGAGCUUCCUCAGCUUCAGUAUCCCAGUAUACAUCGACAAUUCCAGCAACAGCCGCCUCAUCUUCAUCUUCAACCUCAGCUAUCAGAUGCUCGAAUACAGGAACCCAGCUAUGGAUUAUCUCGAACACAUUCUAUCCAGUUAUCACAUCCCGGGGCGACGCCUCAAAAUCGGCAGGAUGACGAGGAGAACUUGGUAUCAACCGAGGGUCGCCUUUUGCAUGACCCUGACGGCUAUGCUCGUUUCCUAGGUGAGACCAGCGGCGCAACUUUCCUCGACUACUUGAAGGAAUUCAUGACUACAGUUCUGCCUCUCGCGUAUCAAAAUCUGCGUCCAGGUUCUGAUGGAAGUGCGUUUUUAUCAAGUCUCGGUCGUUACCAGACCUACGACUCGCGACCUUUGCAUGAUCGAGAUGUUGACCCAACAUGGUUUCCUAUACCCUCAGAGAUGGACUCAAUGUUAUCCGAGCUUCGUUACUUCAUCCAAGACGGUAACUGCCAAUGGCCAAGCGGAGGAAUCUACUGGUGGGGGGAUCUCUCUUCAACACCGACAAUACCAUCCAUGGAACGAGACUCGGUAAACUUACGUCUCGCUAAGUGCCGUCAUUUGGCUUUCUAUCAGACUGCAUUUGCUGUGGUAUCUCAAGCCAUGAUCAUGCCGCCUCAGGAUAUCUCUAUAGACCCUCAUCUCAGUGAGAAUUACUUCAGUCGGGCCCGUAUGCUCCUCGGGAACCCGCUUGACAUUACACGCUUUACGCCCAACGAAGUAUCGGUGUUGACAUUAAUGGGGUUCUACCUGAUAGAGAUGAACCGUCGUGAUGCCGCAUAUAUUUGCGUGAGCAACGCUAUGCACAUCAGCAUCAUGCACGGCGCACAUAGGGGCUGGCUUGACGAGAGUGGCAAACGCGUAUUCUGGACGCUGUAUGUACUGGAUCGCUAUUUAAGCUGCCUCAUGGGGAGACCCCCGACCAUCAUGGACGACGCAAUCCGGUUGCCCCUUCCUUGCGAUGCUCCGUCUAUGCCUCCAGCAGAGGGUCUCAAAGCUCAUGUUGAGCUUUCAAGGAUAUCAUGCCAUAUCGUGUGCAAUACGUAUCGCAUUUCCCCUUCAGAAGAUGCCGUAAGACCUGUGAGAAGCCUCGAAGGGGAGAUCAGUAUGCUCGACGGGUGGUGUCUAAAACUCCCACCUACGGUGCAGCUCGCAAGUAACGGGUUGAGCGAUGACCCAGCCACUUGCUUGCUGCACAUGCACUACAACCAGUUAAUAAUCUUGACUGUCCGCCCCGUUUUCUUCGCCUUGGUUAAAAAGUCAUUCGCGGAAAAGCUGGUCUCGCGACAGUGUUCCUUGAGUUCACAUCCGCAACUACCUCUACUGAAGCGAUGCAUAUCAUCAGCAGAACACAACAUUCAGCUCGCUCGACAGAUCCUACUUGUCAAUCAUCCUCGAAAGCUGCUCCAAGCCGGUCUUCACUUCAUUUUUAACGCUGCCAUAGUAUUGAUGUUACAGCAGCUGGUAGAGGAUCUGUGCCCGUCUUCUCGGAGUGAGAAGGUUCGUUCACUUGACCUCGACUUUGUGAUUGGGAGGUUCGAGGAUGAGAGUCGAGUUGGUAGCAACUACGGCCGGGACUGUGCUACGGUGCUUCGGGAUCUUCGCGUUCUUGUGCAGCGUCUUCCUAUCCCUGUUGACAUGAGCACUGCAACACGUUCCGUCAACAUGACACAGACUACGACCACCUACGAUCCGAUCGCAAAUCGAUCGCAUGUUGACAUGGGACAGCAAUGGUCAGAUAAGCUGACAUCAGAGGCACUUCAGCAGCCUAUUCUUGUUGAUCAAGGCCACAUAUUAUAUAAUGAGUUGGUUUCGUGGAUUGAUGUCGAUUGGCAAUCUAAUAAUGGGUAUCUCAUUUGAGUUGGAGUUGGGCGCCCCGUGAGCAACAAAAGUUGGCGACUGAUAUUGGGUUUUUUUAUUUACAGAACAAAAGUUGAUGCUUUUGAGGUUUAAUUCUAAUGGGUAUUUGAGAGACUAUCCUGGGGGCAUCUGAAUGUAGGAUACGCAGUCACGAUGAUUUAGGUGUUGAUGACGGACCAUUAAAUGUCCUCUAAUGGUAAAUGGCCAACGACCUAUCGGCCCAAGCGUGGUUCAAAUUGGGAUUCUCCACGAACAUGAUCGGGUUCAAACAUGGAAAUAAGACAGACAAGGGUAUUCCUGG